AAGUAAAUCACGCAGAGGCCCCAACCCCGGAGGCAAAGGCCGCCGCCAGCAUGGCCCCGUUCGGCAAUGCAGACCAGCAACCAGCACUGCCGGAACCCGUUUUCCCCGGCGCCCACGCGGAACAACAUGACACAGACACGGCUCUACUUCAUCAGCCUACAACCAUUAGCCCGCCGGAACUUCCUGCGGCGAAGGCUGAUGCGGAGAUGUCAGGCUCACUGGGGUUCUUGAAUCCGUCCUUCUCCUUGCCGCAGGAGUCGCUGGUCAUGGCAGCGCAAAACGAGGGAGGAGGAGGAGGUGCUGGGGACGAUGGGGGUCCCGGCUUCACCCCUACCCCAAGUAGCAGUGGCGUGACUAGUCCGGACUUGGUGGCUGCGGCGCAUGUAGAAGCCGCCGCCCAAAUCGAACUUGAAGAAACGAGCUUGCCUUCGCCAAACGGCGCGAGCACCACGCCUGGUGAUGGGUCAUCUCCUUCUAGCAGCUCUGCUGCUC